GUCCGUGGACACGGGACCGACAGGAAGAAGAGGCGCAGUUGGGGAAAAGAAAAACUAAAGAAAACAAAAUGGCAGCAGGCUCUGGACACGGGUUGAAAGGAAUCGUUUGGAAAAGACUAAAAGACACAAUUAUCACAGACUGCAGAAAAUCGGAAGUAUGGAAGAUAUUGAUUCUGGAUCCCUUCACCACCAAGCUCCUUUCAUCAUGCUGCAAAAUGUCUGAUCUGAUUGCAGAGAAAAUAACAAUUGUAGAGGACCUGUACAAAAGCAGAGAACCUGUUCCUGAAAUGAAGGCAAUCUAUUUCAUGACACCAACAUCCAAGUGCGUGGAUGCCUUUAUUGCUGACUUCAAGUCCAAACCCAAAUACAAAUCAGCAUAUGUUUAUUUUACUGACUACUGCCCUGAUGACCUGUUCAACAACAUGAAGCUCUACUGUGCAAAGUACAUACGUGUCUGCAAAGAAAUCAACAUCUCCUUCUUACCACAAGAGGCACAAGUAUUCACCUGUGAUAAUCCUGGGGCUUUCCGAAGCAUCUACAGUCCUCACAGUCAAGACAAAAAGAAGACACUGGAGACACUUGCAGAUCAGAUCAUCACUCUCUGUGCCACGUUGGAUGAAUACCCAGGGGUCAGAUACAAGAAAGAUGGAAACAUGGAGAACGCCAAAGUUCUUGCCGAGUUGGUUGACAACAAGCUGGCUAGACACUACGAGCUGGAUGACAGUGGUAAGAAAAAGGUAAAGACCCCGGCCCAGCUGCUGAUAGUUGAAAGAGGUUUUGACCCUGUCACCCCAAUCCUUCAUGAGCUCACCUACCAGGCCAUGGCCUAUGACCUUAUUGAUAUCCAGGAUGACACCUACAAGUACAAGUCUAAAGACGGCUCAGAGAAGCAGGCUCUGCUGAACGAGGAUGAUAUGCUCUGGGUGAAGCUACGACAUAAACACAUCGCUGAGGUUUCAGAACAAAUACCCCAGAUGAUGAAGGAAAUAUCUGCUAAAAAGAAACAGCCGGAUGAGAAGAUCACAAUUAGCAAUUUGGCGCAAAUGAUGAAGAAGAUGCCUUCAUUCCGUAAACAGCUGAAUCAGAAAACUAUCCAUCUGCAGUUGGCUGAAGACUGCAUGAACCAGUUCACAAACAACGUGGAAAAACUCUGCAAGGCUGAACAGGACCUUGCAGUAGGUGCAGAUGUGGAUGGGGUGAAGGUGAAAGAUCCAAUGAGGACUCUGCUGCCUGUUCUGCUCCACCCAUACAGCACCUAUGACAAAAUCAGAGCUGUGCUGCUUUACAUCUUCAGCCUCAGCGGAACAACAGAUGAAAACUUAAGUAAACUUAUCCAACAUGUCAAGAUUGAGAGUGAUCGUGAGUUUAUCCUGAACUGGAAAGAACUGGGCGUCCCGAUCAUCACAUCGCCUAGUUUCUUCUCUCGCAAACCAACCCGGCGGGAUCGUUCCCAGGAUGAGAGGUACACCCUCUCAAGAUGGACUCCGGUCAUAAAGGAUGUGAUGGAGGAUGCUGUAGAGAACAAACUGGACACCAGAGAAUGGCCACACCAGUCUGAGUGUCCUGCUGCCUGGAAUGGCUCCGGAGCUGUCAGUGCCCGGCAGAAGCACAAACCCAGUGCUCAGGAUGAACGCCGCUCUGGCUCACGUCUUAUCAUCUUUGUUAUUGGAGGGAUGAGUUACUCUGAGAUGCGAUGUGCUUAUGAAGUCACACAGGCAGUGAAAUCCUGCGAAGUCAUCAUAGGUUCAUCCCACAUUCUGACCCCCACCAGUCUUCUGAAUGACAUCAAAGCCUUGAGCAAAGGCCCAAUGGAAACCUUUACAGUAGAGGAAAGGAGUAAUGCCUGAAAAAUGUGGCCCCCAUAUAAUAU